AUGCUGGAUGCGUUUUUGCAUUAUAACCUGCAGACAUGUGUGUUCACCUCCUCUGAGCUUCCUGACAUAGAGUUCAUAUACUCUAAGUAUUUCAAUAAGAUAGAAGUUAACAGGUUUAACAGCACUGUGGGGAAGUUUGUUGGAUACACUGAGUUUGGUAUCUAUAACGCAGAGCUCUUUAACAACGAUCCUGCAGUUCUGGCACGCUGGAGAGCUCAGAAAGAGAGAGUCUGCAAACCUAAUAUAGAGAUAGAGUACCGAAAAACACUGGAUAAGACAGCUGAGCCCAGUGUGAGACUGACUUCAGUGACGCCCCCUGGUGGCCGACAUCCGGCCAUGCUGAUGUGCAGUGUCUACAACUUCUACCCCAAAUACAUCAGUGUCACCUGGCUGAGAGACGGACAGCCGGUGACCUCUGACGUCACUUCCACCGAUGAGCUGGCAAAUGGUGAUUGGUACUACCAGAUCCACUCCUACCUGGAGUACACGCCCAGGUCUGGAGAGAAGAUCACCUGCAUGGUGGAACACGCCAGUUUCCCCUCUCCUAAGAAAGUGGACUGGAAUCCCUCCAUGCCACAAUCAGACAGAAACAAGAUCGCCAUCGGAGCGUCAGGUCUGCUUCUGGGUUUGAUUUUUGUUUCUCUUUCUGUUCCAGAUGCGUUUUUGCGGUAUUGCCUGGACACAUGUGUUUUCACCUCCUCUGAGCUUCCUGAAAUAGAGUACAUAGGCUCUCAGUAUUUCAAUAAGAUAGAAGAUAUCAGGUUUAACAGCACUGUGGGGAAGUGGGUUGGAUACACUGAUCAUGGUAUCCGUAACGCAGAGCUCUGGAACAACGAUCCUACAGAGAUGGCACACAUGAGAGCUCAGAAAGAGAGAUACUGCAAACCUAAUAUAGAGACAUGGUUCCAAGAUGUACUGGAUAAGACAGCUGAACCCAGUGUGAGUAUGACUUCAGUGAGGCCCCAUAGUGGCCGACAUCCGGCCAUGCUGAUGUGCAGUGUCUACAACUUCUACCCCAAAUACAUCAGUGUCACCUGGCUGAGAGACGGACAGCCGGUGACCUCUGACGUCACUUCCACCGAUGAGCUGGCAAAUGGUGAUUGGUACUACCAGAUCCACUCCCACCUGGAGUACACGCCCAGGUCUGGAGAGAAGAUCACCUGCAUGGUGGAACACGCCAGUUUCCCCUCUCCUAAGAAAGUGGACUGGAAUCCCUCCAUGUCACAAUCAGACAGAAACAAGAUCGCCACCGGAGCGUCGGGUCUGCUUUUGGGUUGGAUUUUGUCUUUGGCAGGUCUGAUCUACUACAAGAGGAAGGCCAGAGGGCGUGUUCUGGUUCCAACCAGCUGA